GGAAUUGCGUAGGCCUCUUAUAUUACAAUUAUUUUUCGGAUUAAAAGAAAAAUUCGUUUACACAGUUGUUCAGUGUAUGCCAGAUCACUUUAUUGCAACGAUUGUUAACCAUCGUAGGGACUCGCAUUAAUCCGUGCACAUGGAAUGAAACGGGAUUUUUUGUGCACCAAAGAAACUGUAAUUGGAGGUCGAUGAUGAAAUUGGCGGGAAUAGCGGUCGCACCCACGGAUCGUGAUGUCACAUGGUAGAAUGGUCUUUGUUAAUCUUCGUAUUUAAGUUAGUGUUUGAUGUAUUGGUGUGUAUUUGUACGAUCGCAUUUUCAUAGUAGCAUUUCCUUUUUAGCAACUUUGUCAGCAUACUUCUGUGGAAUUGCUUGAAGAAGUUUUUAAAAGCAGAUAGUGGUUAAUGCAAGGUUUAUAGAUGACACAGUUUAGUUAUUCAUCAUCGGAUAAUCUUCUGGCAAAAUCUCAUCAGAAGGCAUCACAUAUUCUUGGCGCAGACAAAAUGAAGACAUCCGUUGGACUAACCAGCAGGGUGUUUUAUGGAAGCAAUCCGACUGCCAGUGUGAAAAGCCAUCAUCCAAUUUCUUAUAUGUUUUGCAGUCGAGCGGUUCGCAGCAGUCCCACAGCCCCAGAGAACGGCACUGAGUUCCCAGCAGCAGGCAAAAUUCCAUACAAUGGCAAGAGGCCUGCAGAACAGAGUGCCAAGGGGCAAAAGUCAGCCCUCCUGCAUAUCAGGCCAAGGAGUGUGGAGGCAAGUGGCAGGAGGCUGACUCCAGCAGUUGGCAAGUUGAGCGUGAACAGGAAACCACCAGAGUCAUCAAAACAGGAUGUUCGUUCCCAUGGCAUUACUCCCCUGUCCACCCCCCACUCAAAGUCGCUUAGUGUUCCUUCAGCUGCAGGGAAGAAGUUGCAACCCUUGAGAACCAGUGUGAGCUCCCCACCUAGGAAGCAACGUCGUGUCUCAUCCUGUCUGCCUCAGGACUGUCGAGCAAAGCGGACCCUCACAUACGUGCAGCCGAAUCUUGUUCCUGUCAAGUCUUCAGUCCCCUCACUGGCUGAUGUUGCGAACAAGGAGAACUGGGAGCAUGCAGGAGAGGUGGACAUUCACAAGAUCUUGCAGAUGUUGGACAGAGACAUGGAGGCUGAUGCUGCUGGUAUGUCGGUGGAGGACCAGGAAACUAGUUGUGUGCACGAUGAGUUGCCCGGAGAUUGUCAGCAGGACAGCGGCUUGCCUCCUGUCAUGAAGACUCCAGUUUCUGAGAUGGAGGCUGAGGAGCAGACAACAGCACGACAAGAAAUACGGCCACAGGACAUGGGGUUCCCAAAUCCACCUGGCAGCAACCGUUGUUGGAUGAACGCUACCCUACAAAUGCUGCUGGGAAUGGAGCCAUUCAUGGAGGAGCUUGAACGUUCCUUCCGGAAGGAUGGGCGAAAUAACAAAUCUGCACUGCUAUGGUCAUUCUUUCAGGUUGUGAAGCAUCGGCGACGGGGGUGUCGGUUGUCGCUCCAUUCUGCUCUCAGGCACCUGUCACGCUCGCUGGGCUUGCUUGAUGCCAUAUUCACAAGCGACAGGCAGCAGGAUGCCACAGAGUUUUUAGUGCGUCUUCUGGACUUAUUUCGAGAGCACUUUAGUUCAUCCAACUCAGACCUUGGCCUGGAAGCAGAUCACAAGAUAAAGGAGAGCUGCACACUGCGAGAGCUGCAGUUGGACAAUCUGCCACCAGGUGGAUCUCCUGCACAGCGGUUCUCAGGUGGAGGCAGGCAUGUGGGUGGUGGCCUCUGCAACCCUGUGUGUGACAAUGUGGAGUUCUGCCUCAGGGAAACUUACUGCUGCACCAAUUGUUCUGAGUACACCACCAGAUGUCAGGACCACCUUGCCCUGUUUCUGGACAUUCCAUCCACUUCACAAGCUCGUCCAUCACUGCAGGAGGCCCUGAAUCGCUACAUGCAAUCUGAUGUUCGGGAACUCAAGUGUGGCAGGUGUAGUGGCCAGCAUAGCAAAGUGGUGACAGCAUUCACUAAGCUGCCAAGGUUUCUGUUGGUACAGGUGAAGCGCUAUGUGGUUCAGAUGGCCAUACCUGAGAAGUUGACCAGUUUGGUCCGAGUGCCCAUCAUCCUGUCCGUUAAGAACUGUGUUUCAGAUGAUGUGAUAAUGCCUGCCUUCUGGUUGCCAGAGAGCUCAGAGCCAUUGCAGCUGUCACUGGAUGAUGAUGAAGAUAAAGAACUGCAGGAGGUUAUGUGCCAGAGUGUUGAUGAGGAUUCGGAGCUGCAGGAAGCAAUCAGGCUGAGUUUGGAGCAGCAGCAGCUUAUGCUGGACGAGGACUGUGCCCCCCAGCCGGGGGAUGCUGAUGUGCCACUGAGUGAAGUGGACGGGGAAGAUGAGAGCCCAGACUACAGCUACAGACUCGUGUGUGUCGUCAUGCACCAGGGCAUCUCACCCAACUGUGGUCACUAUGUGGCAGAUGUGUUCAACUUGGAGCAGCAGCAGUGGUACCACUAUGAUGAUGAUGAAGUGUCACGUCAUACGCAGGAUGAGGUGGUUGGAAGUGCCCGGCAACGUAAUGGCUAUAUCUUUUGUUACAUGCACAGGCAGCUGUUCAAUCAACUAACGGACAAGAACGCUGUAUGUGUUUGAACUGGUAGUGUAGCAGGAAGGUGGAUACACCACAGCUCUUGUAGCUUGCUACUUACUGAGCUGUGCAAGGAGCAGGGACGUGAAUGUGUCAGAUUCUGAGAUGUGUUCACAGCUGUUUGAUGAAGAAAGAUGUGGACAUGUAGCACAUGUGCAUGGUUCGCAUGGCGGGAAUGUAAAUACAUUGUGGAUACUGUAGCACAUGUAAUGCUGGGGAAUGUAAGGUACAUUUAUGAUGUACCAUUCUCUUGAUAGUGCAUACACAUUUGAAAUCUUCCCUUGAUUCACUUCUUCACUUCUAUGUAGGUCAUCAACAACCAACUCACUUCAUCUGCCUGCAAAUGUUUGCAACAUUUCUAUGAUAAAGUGCUAUUGCACUGCUAUGUGUCGGUGGAAAUCCAAGUGGUUUCAUUAAUGAAGAAUAUCCGUGUGCAGCCCUCAAAGCAGUGGGUGCCGAGCAUGGCUUGGGGCAGACACCUUGUCCAGUGCUGUUGCAGUAGCUGGUUUGUACACUUCCUGUGACAGUACAUAAAAUGACACAUUCCUUUAUUAGUUCACUAUAAUUUUAUACUCACAGAAAGAUGACAUUAAGUUUGAUGCUGUAGCAUAUAUGUGCAUGUAAACUGUGAGUACUGGAAGGCAGGAAAUGGGACACUCAAGGUUUUCAGUUAUGUGUGGGAUUUAUGGAAUUGGAAGUGAUGUUUCACUUCAGUAGUCUUUAGUACUGUUAUAAUUUAAUGCAGUAAUAUAAAUACUGUUCACUUAGGCCUAUAUUCAGUUGCCAUUUAUAACCAAGGAUUCUUGUACAAUCUUUCAUCACAUGAUCGGAUAUUGGUCCAAGAGCUGAAGUAAUAGUACUGAAUAGACAAAGAAUAUGUGGUAACUGUGAUGGAGCUUUCUGCCCAUGGUAUUAAGUAAAUCAGUUGACCUAUGGGUUCCGGAAUGUGUUGCAUUUUGUUCGACAGUUUUCUGGGGAGUUUCCUCCCAUGAUGCAUAAGAUUAUACGUUGAACUGUGUUUCUGGGAGCUUCUGUCCCAAAUAUAUCAGAGUUUAUGAUUUUGAAAUGUGUAUUGCUUGUUAUAUUGUCUUUGUAAUUUUAUAACUCACUUGUAAGUUGAGAUUUAAAUGAAAUAAAAAUGAAAUGAAAAGCUGUA